CUCACUCCAGCUCUGUUUGAGAGAGAAGGGUUAUGUGUGAGCUCAUGUGAGUGUGUGAACAGGAGAUGAUAAAUCCUCCAGAAAAAGGACUAACGAUUAGUAAGAGAAGCUCAAAAAUGGAAGCACAGCAAGAUGGUAAAAGAAGGAAUGUAGCCUGACCUCCCUGCUUUGAGUCUCAUAGAGGAGAGGAAGCGCAUCAACAGAAGCAACAAAAGAUUCAUAUUUUCCAAGGAUUAAGAAGAAUCACCUCAUUCUGAGCUCUUUUUAAGUUAACAUAGAGAGAGAGGGAAAACGAGACCAUCUGAGGAUCAGAAUUUGUCCUAAGGAGGAGCUCAGGACUUUACAAACAAGGUUUAAAGGCUGAUAAGGCUGGAGUUGGAGCAAAGGAAUGAAGAAACGAAGAUGGUGUUUGUGUUUUAUCUGAGCGGGUGAGACUCGGCCUCUCGAGUCAAACAUCUUUUCUUCAGGUGGAACUUGAGCUCUCUGCCCGGUACUAGAGAUCUGCAGGGUUAUUUUGUGGGUGUGACUUAACUAGAGCCAUGCUGUGUGGUCUGAGGAGAGAUGCCAAGAGCUGCAUUGAUGAAGGACCAUACUCAAAGGGGAGUAAGGAGUCAGGACCAUCUGACCAGUCACAUUGCUCCCAGAGGCGCAGCCUUUCAGCAGACGAGUACAGAGGAGUGACCACCGUGGACCUGAUGAAAAGGGAAGGCAGCAGCCUUGGCCUCACCAUCUCUGGAGGGUCUGAUAAGGACGGCAAGCCCAGAGUGUCAAACCUGCGGCCAGGUGGGCUAGCUGCCAGGAGUGACCAGUUGAAUGUGGGAGACUACAUCAAGUCUGUGAAUGGCAUCAACUUGUCAAAACUUCGCCAUGAUGAGAUUAUCAGCCUGCUGAAGAACAUCGGGGAGCGAGUAGUGCUGGAAGUGGAGUAUGAGCUACCUCCAUUCGUCCAGACCCCCUCAGGACUCAUAACAAAGACCAUAGAGGUCUGUUUACACAAAGAAGGAAACAGCUUUGGGUUUGUCAUGAGAGGAGGUUUUCAUGAAGACUGGCGUAGGUCUCGUCCUCUGGUCAUUACCUACAUCCGGCCUGGAGGUCCUGCCGACAGAGAGGGCACUUUGAAGGCCGGCGACCGACUAUUGAGCAUUGAUGGGAUGCCUUUAAACAGAGAGAAGCACGCUGAUGCUUUGACCAUGCUGAUGCAGAGCGGCCAGGAAGCUCUGUUCCUGAUUGAGUAUGACGUCUCUGUCAUGGAGGCAGUGCAACAAGCCUCCGGCCCUCUGCUGGUGGAAAUAGUGAAAGGUCUUUCUUCCAGCCUGGGGAUCAGCCUCACAACAGCAAUAUACAGGAGCAAACAAGUCAUUAUAAUAGACAAGAUCAAGCCAGCCAGUGUGGUGGAAAGGUGUGGAGCGCUGCACGUAGGCGACAUCCUUCUGUCCAUAGAUGGGACAAGUACAGAGCACUGCUCCCUGAUGGAGGCGACGCAGCUUCUUGCCAGCACCUCCGAUAUUGUCAAACUGGAGAUUCUUCCAGCCAGUCAGAGCAGACUUCCUGUCAGGCCGCAAGAUACAGUAAAAGUGCAGAAGAGCAACCAUCACUGGGACCAAAGCACCAACUACUGUCAUCCCCCACAUGCCAGCCACAGCAAGACAUGGAGCAGCCCCAGCCACCCACACAACCAGCAGGACCACUGCAAAUCUCUGGUGAGUGGUGGCUUCUCCCCUUCCUCCACAGCCACUUCAGGCUUCAGCAGUCAGGGCAGCAACACGCUGCCCUGCCCCGUUCCUCCAGUCGCCCCCACCAGCCCCCGCAGCUCAACGGGCAGGAGGAGGAACAGGAAGAAAGACCACAAGAGCUCAUUAUCUCUGGCGUCCAGUUCUGUCGGCCCAGGGGGGCAAGUCUUUCAUGUGGAAACAAGCGAGGUCGUCCUGAGGGGGGAUCCACUCACAGGUUUUGGGAUCCAGCUGCAGGGGGGUGUCUUUGCCACUGAAACCCUUUCUGCUCCCCCAGUCAUCCGCUUUAUUGAGCCCGACAGCCCAGCUGAGAGGUGUGGACUUCUGCAAGUUGGGGACAGACUUUUGUCCAUUAAUGGGAUCCCGACUGAAGAUGGUACUUUAGAGGAAGCCCAUCAGCUGCUCAGAGACUCUGCUCUAUCCAAUAAGGUCACAGUGGAGGUUGAGUUUGAUGUUGCAGAGUCGGUGGUUCCCAGCAGCGGCACUUUCCAUGUUAAACUGCCCAAGAGGAGAGGAGUGGAGCUGGGCAUCACCAUCAGCGCUAGUAAGAAACCUGGAAAGCCCCUCAUCAUCUCUGACAUCAAAAAAGGAAGCAUAGCACACAGAACAGGCACUCUGGAGCCGGGAGACAGGCUGCUGGCCAUCGACAGCGUCCGUCUGGAGAACUGCACCAUGGAGGAUGCCAUGCACGUCCUGCAGCAGGCCGAGGACAUGGUCAAACUCCGAAUCCAGAAGGAUGAGGACAAUAUCGAUGAGCUGGAACUGUCAGGCUCUAUAAUCUACACAGUUGAACUGAAGAGAUAUAACGGCCCACUGGGCAUCACAAUUUCUGGCACAGAGGAGCCCUUUGACCCGAUCGUCAUUUCCGGCCUCACCAAGAAAGGACUGGCAGAGAGGACUGGGGCCAUCCAUAUAGGGGACCGUGUCCUGGCCAUUAAUGGGGUCAGCCUAAAAGGAAAACCACUGAGCGAGGCCAUCCACCUCCUGCAGAUGGCCGGGGAGUCUGUCACCCUCAAGAUCAAGAAACAAACCGACCAAUCAGAUGUCCGCCAGCGACUGGACAGAGAAGCUGCUUUUCUAAGUGACACAGAGGAUGAACUGACAGACUCUCAAAAGACCAGUAAACACUCUGAGGUCUACUCCGCCACUGUGCCCAGUAUAGACUCUGCCAUGAGCUCCUGGGAUGGCUCAGGGUUCGACGCAGGCUACAGCAGCCAAGCGACAUAUCUUCACAAAGCAUCUGAUAUCUUGUUCAAUCCAAAUGACUGGAGGCGCACCCAACACAGGAGCCAGACCAGCUCCAGCUCUGUGGGUCUGUCCCACCACACAGCGCUCUAUGACGGAAGAUUCACCGAAGAUGAGUGGGACAAGAUUCCUGGAUUCGUCAGUCCCCCUCGUUGCCAUGGUACCCUGAACCAGGAGGACAGCUUCUGGUCCCAGGCUCUGCAGGACCUUGAGACCUGUGGCCAGUCAGAGAUUCUCAGGGAACUGGAGGCAUCCAUGACAGGUAGCGCCCUUAGUCUGUAUCUAGAGGAGAGUAAAACCAAUGAAGACUCCAUGUUUCAGUCUGAAAUUAGUCCCAUCAAGAAGGAGAGAAUCCAUGUCGAGUCUAAGAUCAACAGCAACCUGAACAUGUCAACCGGUGCUAGAGAUGAACUGUCCAGGUCUAAAGGGGACACCACCGAUAGUCUGUCCCCGACUGCCCUUGAACUGCACAAGGUGACUAUCAGGAAGGACCUUGACAGCCAUGACUUUGGUUUCAGCGUAUCUGAUGGACUUCUGGAGAAAGGGGUUUACGUCAACAUGAUCCGCCCGGACGGCCCUGCUGACCAGGCCGGGUUGAAACCCUACGACCGCAUUCUCCAGGUGAACCGUGUCAGGACCAGGGACUUGGACUGUUGUCUAACUGUGCCUCUAAUUAUGGAGGCGGGAGAAUGCCUCAACUUGGUCAUUAGCAGGAAUCCACUGGCAGGAGACACUGGGCCGCCUGACGACUGUGACGAACCCUCAAACCCACUGUUCUGCUUCUCUGAACGCAGGACCAACAGCAUCGCUCUAUGAACACAGACAGAAAUUAGCUUUUAAAGUACUCUGCCGAGACCUCACACGAGUCCUUUCACACUCACGUACGUUCAUUACGCAGAGAACCCUCUCACAUGAACGAACUCACAGAAACAGCCAUCCCCACCGCCUGAACGUUACAAAUGCAUGUGUUCAGUACUGUCGGUUUUAGCCCCUGUGUUCACAUGAUGCUGUUCAGAGGAGGCUCUAGCCACAGGGCAGCCCACCACCCCCUCCCCUUUUCUCUCCAAAGGCAAAGCCACAUGUAGGAUUAUAUAACAGGGGGAGUCAUAGCUUCUGACUUAGCCAGGAUGUCAGUGCACAUGCCUCAACUCUUGGGGGGAUUCAAAUGCUGCACACACGCACUUCACAAAUUUAAUCUUUUGUUUUAAUGGGAUCUUUAUUCUCAUGAAGGAAACCAUUAUGUGGGUUUUUUUUGUUUUUCUCUGUCUCUUUCUGUUCCUCACUAAAGAACAUGCACACGAAAUGGUUUGUAUGCGUUUAACACGUGCGCACAGUCACUCAAGGGUGUUGGUGGAUUCAAGGUUCAGGGCACGUUGUGCUUGUUUCAGUUAUUUCAGCCACGUCUUGGCUCACUCCCCUCGUUUCCAGUUUCUCUUCUUCCACACCGCCUGCCCUAGGGAAGGGACACUGCCUCCGAAUAGACAGAAUACUUACAUCCAUUUGCCAAGUAUCAUUAAGGAUAUUUUAAAUCCCUUAUGUACCUUUAAUACCAGGAAUGCUUGUCCUUUUUGCCCUAUUACAGCCAGCCACUUACAGCACAUACUGUUUUCACUUUCAGCACUUCAUCGCUCACUUUCUUUUGGGUUCUGUGAUGUUUGCAUUCUCAGAUUACACACUUACACUUCUUCACAUCUUACUUUCAAUUUGUCAUUUACACCAAUCUGUUUUUGUAGUCAUGUUGCACCAGAGUGACUUCUAGGUAGAGUUUCUGUGAUAUCACUGAUGCUUCUUUAAGUCAAUCUCAUCUUUUGCCAAAUGCAGGAUGAAAUGCCUUUAAAGUUUUUUCAUUAUCCAGUACAUGACUGGUUGAAGCAUUAGAUGAGUGUUCCACAGUUGUGACUAUAUCUAUAAGCAUGUUAAGCAUGCGUAGAGUUCGUCCUCAGAGGGAGGCUCUGCAUAAUGAUGAAAUUAUUACAGGACUCUCAUGGUGCUCCAAAAGCAUCCUUGUGGAAAACUCCUGUUUUCGUGAUGACGGUAUGUUUUUAUGGAGUUGUCGUGCUGUAAAUCUGAACCGCUAACCCAGCUGCCUCAGUGGAAAUAAAUAUUUGUUUUAUUUCAUGUAUUGGCAGAUGUUCAAAUGUUGUAACAAAGUUGACCCAACCCAUCUAAAACUGCCUUCGAGGCUUGGGAUGGUAACUUUUACUUCAGACUACUGUCAUAGUAAACAGAGGCCUAUUUUUAAAGGUUUACAUUAUCACAUUAAUUUACUUUUCUGUACAUUGUCUCAUAGUAUUCAGUGUCGUUGGGUUUUUCUGGUACAUGCACAUGUAGUAUUUUUUGUAAGCUGUGAAACUGAAUGUGAUUGCUUAUUUUUUGGUUAUUUUUCACACCCUCCCCAAAAAACUCUAAAUAUGUCAGGAAUCAGCUCAAAGGGAAUUAAAAUAUGUAUGGGAUAUUCUUUUAUUUUUGUUAUUUAAUUUAUUAUAAUCUAAGAAAUGUAUUUCUUUUUAUGCAAAUAAAGUUAUCAAACCAGAG